CCGAUAUUGGGCUUGGACUUAAUUAGAGUAAAUCUGGAACGAAGAGGGACGUCGGACGGAAACAACAGCGAGCCGAUUCGAUGGCUUCGUCCGCCGCCUUUCGGGACGCUCAACGCGACCUGGAGAACAAAGCUAACGAUCUCAGCAAGCUUCAAAAGGAUAUUGCGAAGAAUCACCAAUUGAGAAAGAAAUAUACUAUCCAGCUCGGGGAGAAUGAGCUUGUCCUUAAGGAAUUGGAUUUGUUGACAGAAGGCGCUAAUGUCUACAAGUUGAUUGGCCCAGUACUUGUUAAACAGGACCUGGCUGAGGCUAAUGCAAACGUGCGCAAGAGAAUCGAAUAUAUCUCUGCUGAAUUGAAGCGUCUUGAUGCUACCCUUCAAGAUCUGGAAGAGAAACAAAAUAGCAAGAAAGAAACGAUUCUAAAAUUGCAAGAAAAGAUUCAGUCGCUCCAAGCUGGGAAAGGCAAGGCAUAACUUCCCAUUCCAUACUGUUUUGGUGACGUCCUUUGGAGUUGCUGUUUCCAACCUGGCUAAGCUUGAAUAUGCUCAUAGGCCAUUUGUUUUAGAGCUGUUUGGGAUGUGGAGUAUUAUUAGGUUGACAGUAUAUUUUGUCAUAGUUAAUGUGCUUGUCUUAAUUUCUUUUUAUUUUGCAUUUUGGGCUGUAUCCUCCAGGCAUUGUGGCCACUACAUAUAUUGAAGUUUUAAGUAAGAUGUGACUGUUUUCUUUA